CCGCAAAUUUAUCCCUUCCCCGGGUUUCUCAUUUUCGUAUUCACAAAAGGUAGUCUUAUCCGCUAUCCAUAGCAGAAAUUCGCUACAAUGGCGAUGCUCUGUGCUUCCUCUUCUACACCCACUUUCUUUGUACAUUCCACUCUUAACAAUGGGAGCAAAAGUAACAGAGGCAUUCCCAGAAAGUCAUUCGUUGAUGGGUUUCCACUCCCACAAUCAAAAUCUUAUUUGCUUCCAACUCAGACCACGAUUACUCUGAAUUCUCAGUCGAAGAGUUCGGGCGUUCAAGUGCGAGCUCAGGAGCUGGAUCGUGUCCCUUUAGAACAGCGGUGGAUGUUCGAGGGGGACGAACUCGAUGGCCCUGACAUAUGGAACAAAACAUGGUACCCGAAGGCUGUAGAUCAUGUGAACACAGAAAAACCUUGGUAUGUUGUUGAUGCCACUGAUAAGAUAUUGGGAAGAUUAGCUUCGACCAUUGCCAAUCAUAUCCGAGGGAAGGAUUUGCCAACCUACACUCCUAGUGUGGACAUGGGGGCUUUUGUGAUUGUGGUAAAUGCAGAAAAAGUUGCCGUGUCGGGUAGAAAGAGGACACAAAAACUAUACCGGAGGCAUUCGGGGCGACCAGGUGGUAUGACAGUAGAAACUUUUGACCAGCUACAACAGAGAAUUCCUGAAAGAAUUAUCGAGCAUGCUGUUCGUGGUAUGCUUCCGAAAGGGAGGCUUGGAAGAGCACUUUUUAACCACCUGAAGGUUUACAAGGGACCAGACCAUCCCCAUGAGGCACAAAAGCCAGUUGAGCUGCCAAUUAGGGACAAAAGGAUAAACAAGGAAAGAUAGUACAAACGACGAAAACGAUGAAGAAACAAAGCUCUCGUCUAAGGUUUCCAAUGUUCAUAAAGUCGGAGUUAGCAUUUUCAUGCUUCAGCUUAAUUUGAUGUCAGUAUUUGAUCUGUAAUUUGAUUCCAAAUUCUUCCAAGUUAUUAACUCGUGAUAUGAGCAAAUUUUUGAAUCUUGUCCUGUUUGAAGGUUUGUUGUAAUGGUGAUUUUCAUUAAAUUUGUUGAUU